AUGGCCGUGCGGCGCGCGGUCGCUCCGCAGCGCAUGCUGCUGCAGCUGCUGCUGCUGGCCGCCGCGGCGGGGGCCGUCGCCGCCCUGCCCGACGCCGCCACCUGGUCCGUGCGCCCCGUCGCCCAGCAGCAGGCCGACACUUCGAGCGCGCCGCCUCCGCAGCCUCUGCUACACCUGCCCACCACCUCCACAGAUGGGCCGGCGGAGACGACCAGCGCCGUGUCCCUUCAGGACGCCAACCCCACGCCGGCCGAGGAGCAGCACGACGUCAAGCGCUAUGCCGUCUCGACGGUGGAGUUCGAGCGAGUGCAGACUCCGUUCAUCAUUGGCCUGUGGAUAUUCAGCGCCAGUGUCGCUAAAAUAGCCUUCCACAUGGCGCCGAAGGUGAGCAAGAUGUUCCCGGAGUCUUGCCUGCUGAUCGUGGUGGGGCUGCUGAUCGGGGCUAUUCUCUUCUACGCGGGCAAGGUGCACGUGAGCACCCUUACGCCCGACAUCUUCUUCCUGUACAUGCUGCCGCCCAUCAUCCUGGACGCCGGAUACUUCAUGCCCAACCGGCUGUUCUUCGACCACCUGGGCACGAUCCUGCUCUUCGCCGUGGUGGGCACCAUCUUCAACACGCUGACUAUCGGCUUGUCGCUCUGGGCUGCGGGACAGACGGACCUCUUCGGCUGCGAGACGCCUCUCUUGGACAUGUUCCUCUUCUCUGCACUCAUCUCGGCAGUCGACCCCGUUGCGGUGCUGGCCGUGUUCGAGGAGAUCCACGUCAACGAGAUCCUCUACAUCGUCGUUUUUGGAGAAUCGCUGCUCAACGACGCCGUGACAGUGGUGUUGUACCAUAUGUUCGAAUCUUACACUGAGAUGGGGCCUGAAAACAUUAUUUAUACUGAUGUCUUAGCAGGCCUGGCUUCAUUUUUUGUUGUUGCCUUAGGAGGCACAAUCAUUGGAAUUAUCUGGGGCUUCCUUACUGGUCUCGUUACACGAUAUACACAUCAAGUUCGUGUAAUUGAGCCAAUAUUCAUCUUUGUUAUGGCCUAUUUAGCCUAUCUUAAUGCAGAAAUCUUCCAUAUGUCUGGCAUACUGGCAAUAACUUUCUGUGGUAUAACAAUGAAGAAUUAUGUGGAAGCAAAUAUAUCACACAAAUCUCAUACCACAGUGAAAUAUGCCAUGAAAAUGCUAAGUUCCUCAUCAGAAACCAUAAUAUUUAUGUUCCUUGGAGUUGCAACAGUGAAUGAUAAUCACAAUUGGAACACAUGGUUUGUGGUUUUAACAGUUGCUUUUUGCUCUGUCUACCGCACUAUUGGUGUUAUACUGUUGACGGCUAUUGCAAACCACUUCCGGCUCCACCAACUUACACGUGUUGACAAAUUUGUAAUGUCAUAUGGUGGACUGCGAGGGGCUGUAGCAUUUGCCCUGGUCUUACUCAUUGAUCGCAAGCAUGUUCCACUCCAACCUAUGUUUGUUACAACAACUAUUGCUGUCAUAUACUUCACUGUAUUCAUUCAGGGUAUAACAAUCAAACCUCUAGUUAGGAUAUUAAAUGUGAAACGAGCAGAAAAGAGGAAACCCACAAUGAAUGAAAGGAUACAUGAAAGAUUAAUGGAUCAUGUGAUGGCUGGAAUUGAAGAUAUCCUUGGACAACAUGGAAAUUAUCAUCUCAGAGACAAGUUUAAACGUUUUGAUAACAAAUUCAUCCGUCCGUACCUGUUGCGAGAUCAUCAAGGAGCAGAACCAAAAAUACUUGAAACUUAUUCAAAAUUGGCAAUGAAAGAUGCCAUGGAUUACAUGCGUCGAAAUGCAUCAACUGUUGGAAAUAUUUCUGGAACAGAAUCUAUGUCGGCAAUAUUUAGAAAUUUCACUAGUGGGAAUAUAAAUGGAAAUAUGAGUACUAACUUUAAUGGAAGUUUCAAUCAUCUUGACUCAAGUACAUGGAACAUAGAUAUGCAGGAACUGGAAUAUAACCCCUCCAAAAAAGAUCUUACUGAUGCUAAAAUACACCAUUUGCUGGCAGAAGAAUUAUGCAAACCUUACAGAAGGCAUCGCCGACUUAGCUAUAGCAGGCAUGCAGUUAAUGACCGUGAUCUAUCUACUCAAGUCAAUUAUCGUAUGCAUAUGAACAUACGUCGCAUGGUUGGUGAGAGAAAGCAUCACCAUAAGAGGAGCAAACGACUGGGAAAGGAUGGAAAGCAAAACCAUGUCAGUUUUCCUGGAAUUACUCAGAAUGGCUCAGCAAAACAGUUCACUCAUGAUUACAUUACUGAGGUUCUUCAGGAGACUGAAAAUGACACUGAAAUACCAAAAUCUGCAAGUAAGGAGGACUGGGACAGUGCUAUCACAUUCACAGCCAAAAGUUCCUAUGAUCCAGUAUCAGGUGGAGACGGGCUUCAGAAAAAGAUGUCACGUGAUUCUGAUGGUGAAUGUGCACGUGUGACGACUCCUACUGCUACUGAGACCAUGUUGCCUUGGAAGCGUGACGACGAAGGCGAAUUAAGCACUGGUCCUGUCAAGCAGAGCGAGUUCCCUGCCUGGUGUUCCAAUAAGGAAUACCUUGCAUACAAUUCACCUUCUGCUACAUUCCUAGGGGGCAUAGAGCAACCAAAAGUGACUUCCGUAAUUGGACUGUUUCGACGAGAAAGUGCUGGUUCAGUUCACCAGGAAUCAAGGGCAAGUUCAGAAUCUUCACUUCGAGAAUCCCCACCACCAACUUCCAACACUGUGCUCCUUAUAGAAGAGCCAGUAUCUCUCCCAGGACCAGGAAGACGUCCACCCACUGCAAGAAGAGGCUCAAUGCUGGAAUUAGGAUCAUCUGUAAAUCCGAUACCAGAAGAAGAUAAUAUCAGUUCUCCUCUGGACAUUGCAGGUGGCAAUGGAAGAUGGCCAACUGUGCGUCCUCCUCCACCACGGCUUGCUGUUCUUGCCACAUCUUCUUCCUCUUCUUCUUCCUCCUCUUCACUUGAGUCUAGUGCUGAUGAAGAGGAAAAGGCAGUUGUUGCGCGGACGCACAAAUAGUUAAGGCUUCCCCGCUCACAUGAAGGAGCAAACCUGACGAAUAUUCGCUACAGGUAUCUACGUAAAUUUGAAAGGUUGUAGACCACAGUAUUUUUUCUGAACUGUCUAUUAGACAGUCAGUCUGACAUUAAGGUGAAAUUUUUGGGACACUGUAUAAUACAGUGUUAUUUGAGAUGAAAUGCAUGUUGAUCAAAGAGCGAGUUUCAUUAAGUUAUGGUGCCUUUAAUUUUCUCCCAAAGUGUAUUUUUUGCCUGCAGAAUUUUCUUUUCUUCUUCAGACAUUAAUGAGUGAUAUUUAAUGCAUCUUGCAGUGACAUUAAAAAGGAGUGUGUUAAAAAAACUGAUAGCUGGAAAAGAAAUGGUAAUACACACUUUUAUAAGUUAAUUCUUGCCGUAAUGAACAGCACAAAAUGUAAACAAGAGUAAUUGUUUCUGUCUUGAACUGCAACAGAAGUGGUUACUGAGGAGUGCAGAAGUACUUAUUAUAAAAUAUUAAUCGCACAUUCUAAUUACAUGUACUACUUAAGAGUGAUUCUCAAUCCAUAUUAUUGUUGAUUACACCUCAUUACUAUAUUUUUGCUCAUUUUAUGGUGAAAAUCAAAACAUUUUGAGAAAUGAAUAUGUAUUUUCUAAGAUGAAAUGCAGUCAGCUGAUUAGUUUUAUUGGCUGGUUAAAAGCAACACUACAAUUAAUAAACUUAUGUGCCUAUCUAGUGCUAACCAUGUUGGUUGUUGUGUCAACGAAUCUAUUUUAGGAUGAGGACAAUACAAAAUGAUGGUUACCUUGUAAAACAAAACAAAACAACAAAAAAAACAAAAAAACUUUCUCUGUGAUGAAGAAAGGCUGGUUUGUACAGAAAAAGAUUAGUAUUGUAACUUU